UGUGUCAACUCAAAAGACUCAGGGCAAACACUUACCAUGCAGUUUUUGACGGCAGUAAGUCCACAGUCCUUCUCUACCCCAAGCUGGAAGGUUGAGACCAAGUAUUCAACCCGAGUGCUCACUGGAAACUGGGUGGAAGAGAGGAGGAAGUUCACCAAAGCCACUGAGAAAACACCUCAGUGCAUUUACAGAGAAGAGUAUGUCCCCUUCCCAGGCCACAGACCAGACCAGAUCUCCAGGUGGUAUGGCAAGAGAAGAAUCGAGGGGCUCCCGUACAAACACCUGAUCACGCACCACCAGGAGCCCUCCCACCGCCAUCUGAUCAGCACCUACGAUGACCAUUACAACCGGCACAAUUACAACCCAGGCCUGCCCCCACGUCGCGCCUGGAGUGGACACAAGCUGCUGUGGCUCCCAGAGAAAUCGGACUUCCCCCUUCUUGCUCCCCCUACGAACUACGGACUCUACGAACAGCUGCAACGGAGUUGGCUUGCGCCCAAGGCUGCCCCGAGGGAGAGCAUUUACACCUCGUCCUACCCCAGACCACCACCUUAUGCUUUGUCCCGGCGGGAACAUGCCAUCCCCAUCCCUCCCCCUCGCCUGCACCCUGUCCCGCGCUUCUGAGGACUGCCAUGUGAGAGCAAUGCAGGCAGAACCAACCGGAGACCCACUGUGCUGUUCGUACUUGCCAGGCAGCAGGCGGCUGCAGACACACCCCGAGUUUUAAGUCCGGCCCCGCCGAGGGACCCGUAGAAUCAGGAUCUGUGUUUGAUGAUUCCUACCCUUCCUCCAAACCCUCAGCUUCCCUCCUUUUCCAUCCCACAAUUAAAGCUCUUUGACAGAA